UGACGGUGGCGUGGGUGUGACGGCUGCGGCAAUAGAUCCAAAUCUGGUUGCAAAGACUGAUAAAUCUGAAUGUGAUCCAAUCUGCAUGGAGAGUAUAUUGAAGCUAAAUGAUGCUGCUGCAUAUAGGGCUAUUCUUAAGCAUCGUCCAUGGAUACUUUUCGAUCAUAGCAACCGUGACCCUGAGAAAUCCAACACAGAGGAUUUCCCUCAGGGUUUUUCUUCACACGCUUUUCGUCCAAAAGGGGUUUCUCUUGGUUGUCCAGAUUGUAAUGAUUGUCUGAAGGUAACUGCAAGGUGGUGCCCUGAGGAUGCAAGAAGAGAUGUCCUUGAUGAAGUUCAAAUGUUCCACCCAACAGAAGAGGAAUUUAAAGACACACUUGAAUAUAUUGCAAGCAUACGUUCCAAAGCAGAGCCUUACGGAAUCUGUCGUAUUGUUCCUCCUCCUUCUUGGCAACCACCAUGUCUUCCUGAUGAAAAAAACAUAUGGGAAAACUCUAAAUUUUCUACUAAGAUUCAGCGGAUUGAUGGACUCCAAGUUCAGUGCCAGCAAGAAGUUAUUGACAACCCUUACAAAAAUGUAGAGACCAAGACCAGAAGAGAGCCGGGAGAAGCUUUGGACUCUCAACCUGGUAAUGAAAACCCCCAUGAUGUUAAAGACUUAGAGUCUCAACCUGGCCCUACCUUCAGUCUCAGUACAUUUAAGAAAUUUGCUGAUGAUUUCAAGGCCAAGUACUUCCACCGUGACAAUAAUGUCAUGGGUUCUGAUGAAAAGUGGGAGCCAUCUGUGGAAAAUGUUGAGGGAGAGUAUGGACGAAUUACUCAAAAUCCAACUGAUGAAAUUGAGGUGGUUUUUGGUAAUGACUUGGGGACUGGAGUUUUAAGCAGUGGAUUUCCAAUGGUGUCUGAUUCUGUGGAGUCGUUAAAUCAUCCUGAAUGUAUGAGAUCUGGAUGGAAUUUAAAUAAUAUGCUUACACAAGCUGGUUCUCUCCUUUCAUUUGAAAGCUCCGAGGUUUCUAGCAAAUUUGCCCCUCAGGUUCACGUUGGAAUGUGCUUUUCUUCAUUCAAUUGGAAAGUGGAAGAGCACCAGUUGUACUCGUUGUGUUACAUGCAUGUGGGAGAGCCUAGAGUUUGGUAUAGCAUUCCGGGAAGAUUUGCUGCUGACUUUGAAACAGUGAGGAAGAAGCAUCUCCCAAUUUUGUUUGCAGAAGAGUCUGAUUUGCUUGACAAUUUGCAGAUGCAGUUAUCCUCCGCCAUAUUGAAGUCAGAGGGUGUACCAGUAUAUCGCUGUGUCCAGUAUCCCCGGGAGUUUGUUCUUGUCUUCCCAGGAGCAUACCAUUCCGGAUUUGAUUGUGGUUUCAAUUUUUCUGAAUCAGUCAGUUUUGCUCCUCUUGAUUGGCUGCUUCAUGGACAGAAAGUUGUAGAGUUAUAUUGUGAACAAAGGCGAAGGACAUCAAUCUCAUACGAUAAGCUGUUGCUUGGGGCAGCAAGGAAAGCUGUUAGGGCACAAUUUGAGAUUGGACUCUGCGGGAUGGGUACCCCAGAUAAUUUAUACUGGAAAGAUGCAUGUGGAAGGGAUGGGAUAUUAACAAAAGCUUUUGAUUUACGGAGAAAGAGUGAAAGUUCAAAGAGGGAAUUUCUUUGCGCUUCUCUGAAGUCACGGAGAAUGGAAAAAGAUUUCGAUGUCACUUGCAAAAGAGAAUGUUGUGUAUGUCUCCGUGACUUGCACUUAUCUGCCAUAGGUUGUCCAUGUUCGACCAACAAAUUUGCAUGUCUUAAUCAUGGAAAGCAGCUGUGUUUUUGCCCUUGGAGUGACAAAUUUAUCCUCUGGCGAUAUGAAAUCAGUGAGUUGAAUACCCUUUGUCUUGCUUUGGAGGGAAAAGCAAGUGUUAUCCACAAAUGGGCUAAAGUCGAUCUUGGAUUAACUGUGCACUCUGUCGCCUCCAAAGCAUCGAAACAGAACCCAGGAAAUGCAAGUGCUUCAUCGUCUACUGCCUUAGCAAGAGUGGCAUUUUUGAAUUCACUGAAACGUAAAAGACAUGCAGUCGAGCCCAAAGGUUCGGGCACUGAUGGUAUCUCUACCAGCAUUGAGGCAAAAUUGAAGCCACCGUUACCUGACUCAACAUGUGUAGGUAAAUCGAUGGCAAAACAGAAAAAGGUAGGUCACCAAUCUACAGCAAGACACAAGAGUGGGGUCAAUUCUGCUCCUGCCAUUAAACCUGAUCUCAAGUCGCGCAAGGUUCAGUCAUCAGUUCCAAACUUGGCUGAAAAUGACCCAAAAGUAUCUAGGGAUUUUCUAGGUCUUAGUUUAACGUCAGGUUAUGUGUCACUUCUUCCGGAAAUCAGGUCAUUUGAUGUUUCUUCAGAUAGUUCAGCUUCAUCAUCAGGAUCCGAUGAUGACACUUGACUUGCUGAUAGUUAAAAAAAAAAAAAAAAUCGUGGAGCAGUGCUGAAAGGGUUUAUCCCCAUAAAAGAAUCAUCCAUACAGUGAGUGAUUCGGAUGUUUAGUUGUGUUAGUGCAGUACUGGAUGUGCGAAUGGUGCAUCCAUUCAUGGUUUAGACUUUGAGCUGCAUUUCGGGGCUUCAUGUUAAUCAUGCUCAAGUUUUAAUUCUACCACAAUCACAUUAUUGUAAAGCUUGUAACCCCUCUCGACUUUUGAUUAGACCGCAAUUAGAAAUAGGAAAAUUUAACCUGUUGUGAUUUUCCUACCUUUUCUGCUUUCA